CUGCUUCGUCACUUUGAUUCAGUGAUUUUGUUCUGAUACAGAUUCGUGAUUUUUUACCAGCGAUCGCUUGGCUAGUUUCGUUUGGUCAAGAAGUUUCUAUGAACUACUACGUAUCAAAACUACAAGGUGUUUCUUGGGUUUUUCGUUUAUUUGCUUUGACUUUUGCACUUAAUAUCCGUCUUUCGGGCGAAAGAGCAAGAUGCGUUUCUCUGUGCCCCAGACGGUCGUCAAGAACAGCUGUAGGCCCCCCACCCCGGCCGUCUCUUCGCGCCUGCAGGUCGGAGAAGUUGCGAGGGCGGCGUCAUCGUCUGUCACUGUCAUGGGAAGAAGCGCAAGUGGAACUUGUUCAAGAAGUUUUAUUGCAACACCCGCCAGCGCCGCGUCUUCAAGAGCUACCGGGAUACGAACAACGAAUCUUGCAAGUCUGCGAUGCUUCUCCGGUGCUUCAGCGGCGGCGUCUUCGUCGUUCGACGUACAGAAUGCUUCUACAAAAAUGCAUGCAGGCAGAGAUCCAUUUCCUUUUCGCUGUUCAGGUUUUGUUGAAAAAGUAUCCAUGUGAAAUGGCGUUUGGAACAAUGAAAAAACAUCGCAUCAUGGUCAUCCACGUCCACGGAUUAGAAAAAAAGCCGCAACUACAACACCUCGACCAGAUUUUCGCCAAGCUGAAAGACGGCACGAGCUCGGACGAAACCAAAGGCAACAAGCUGAAACGCAAGCCUUCCGACCGGGUUUUAAACCUGGCCGAUCAGAUCAUGUCGCUUACCUUGAUUGAGGCGGCGGACUUGUGCGAUAUUUGUCAAGAGCGACUCACGCCCGGAGACGGAAGUCCCAUACCGGGCAGAAUGCCGUUUCCGUAUCCUGUGCAAAAGUAUCGUACUAGUAUAAAGUGCAUUACAAAUCUCCUUAGCAUGAGAAAUGAAAUUUGUCAUGCGGAUUUGCCUUAAUAAAAAGAUUUGUAAUGCAAGACUUGCAUUUAUACGAGUGCGAUACUUUUGCAGAGGAUAUCCCGCAUCCGAUGGCAAUGUUUGGCUCGGGAAUGAUGAUGCCACAGCAGGGUGGUAUUUGAGUAAUUUUUUGAUUUUGGAAGUGGGGACUUCUGCAAAAAAAAAUAUGAAGUUCAUCAGGCGAUGACCAUUAGCGUUCACGCUUGUCCUGAUUUUUAGGGCGGGAAAGGCAAAGUGAACUCACGAGGUUGAUGCGAUGCAAUUUCAUAUCAGGAGCAGUUCAAUAGGGUUAGUGUUUGUUUAAAUAAGAAGUUUCGAAAAUAACAUAAUUGCGAGGCUGUCCGAAGGUCCAACUUUUGCAGCCUUCACGCAAAUGAGCAAAAUUCGACUUCAAGAUGCAGGUUUCGGUGCUGUCUGCGUCUAGAAUCAACAACUGAUGCGGAUAUAUUGAUUAUUUUAGCAACAUCGUGUGAAGCGAAGAGAGAUUAAUGUUUUUGCAAAAGUUUGCUUAUCAAUUUGAAGGUAUGAUACCGCAACCCCAGCAACCAGCGCAGCAGCAGCCGCAAAUCCAACCGGCGGGGGGCGCUUCCGAAUCGGGAGGAGCGGAAGCCGCUGCGGAACCCGAGAAAGAAGAGCCGAAGAAGAAAGCCGGGCCGGUAACGCUGAAGUUGAUUUCGUUUGACCAGCCGAAAAAAAUUUCGGUCAUCAAAGAGGUCCGGGCAUUGACGGCACUGGGCUUGGCACAGUCGAAGGAAUUGGUGGAGGGGUGUCCGAAGGUAUACAUACUUAAUAUUUUUCUGUUGAUGUCUUUCAGGAUAAACUACAUGCGGUUUGCAUUGGUACUCAAAUACUACGAUGAAAUCAGGUUUUGUUUUUGCAUGAAAAUCCACUAGGGAGCUCAUUGACAUGGUAGAUCACGGAUACUUACAAAUUGUAUAAUCAGGUACUGAAAAAGGGCGUUCCACCAGAAGAUGCAGACGCGCUGAUUGAAAAGUUUAAAGCGGUGGGUGGGGUUGUGGAGAUCGCAUAAAAUACUGCGACAAUCAUUCUCCUAGAGCCUCGCAUGCAAAACAAUGAAUUAGAAUUGAAUCCCCGUCCCCCGGCUCCGGCCGUGGUAUCUACUUGACCGCGGUUUUUGAUACCCAGCGAAGAUGAAGAUGAAGAACCCGAACCGCCAUCGAAAAACCUGACUUUCCCGCGGGAGGCAGUAAUGCCACGAU